AUGCAGCAACAGUCGCCGCCAUCGAAGAAGUCUCGGCUCGGAGACGGAGAGAGUCGAUUCGUUAUUCCGGCGAACAAUCCGUUGCUCCGGUGUGCGGAUUUGGUUUUCCCAUGGCUAAACCCUCAGGGACUCGCCGCCGUCUCUCAAACCUGCAAAGCUUUAUCACUGAUUACCAGAUCCCUCAGUCUCCGGCGAUCUCUUGACGCUACACGGUGCCUCGAAAACUUCCCGGUGCCGUUCUGCAACGCCGUCGAUUCCCAACGAUACGUGUAUUUCAUCUACACGCCUUUUCAGAUCCCAGCUUCCUCUCCUCCGCCGCCGCAGUGGUGGGGAUCUGCUACUCGCGAAUCCGACGGAGAUGACGAUGAUUCAACCCCGAAUUGGAAAUCGGAGAACGUGGCGAGACCUUCUAUUGACUCAGUGAGUGAGCGGGGACGAUUUGGGGUGAGUCUAGUGAACGAGUCAGGAGAGAGAAUGUUUGGAUGCGAUUGCCGGAUAUGCGAGGAAGGACACUGCCAGUGCUUUGCAUUCGCGGGUACGGAGGAGAUCGCCAACGAAUGUGGGUCGGGUUGUGGCUGUGGAUCCGAUUGCCCGAACCGGGUGACCCAAAAGGGGAUUUCAAUUCGUCUGAAGAUCGUAAGAAACGAGAAGAAAGGUUGGUGCUUGCACGCUGAUCAGCUCAUCAAGCAAGGCCAAUUCAUCUGCGAAUACGCCGGCGAGCUAUUGACGACAGAUGAAGCACGUAGGCGUCAAAGUAUCUACGAUAAGCUUAGAUCAACACAAUCCUCCUUCGCUUCAGCUCUUCUGGUCAUACGAGAACACCUUCCUUCAGGACAAGCUUGCUUGAGAAUAAACAUCGACGCCACGAGAAUCGGGAACGUUGCUAGAUUCAUCAACCAUUCUUGUGACGGUGGAAAUCUCUCCACGGUUCUGUUGAGAAGCUCGGGAGCUUUGCUUCCUCGGCUCUGUUUCUUUGCUGCGAGGGAUAUAAUGGCAGAGGAGGAGUUGUGUUUUAGUUAUGGAGAUGUUCGUGUCACUGAGAAGAACAGAGACGGCAAGUUAAAUUGCUGUUGUGGUAGUUCCUGCUGUUUUGGAACGUUGCCUUGUGAGAACACCUGA